CGGGAUUGUAGUUGCGCGGAGGCAGAGCAAGUAGUUUAAAAAUUCACUGAGUAUGCAUGAUUUGUCACUCGAUGGACGAUCGGUUCAAUCGAAAUGGUGUUAUACGAAGAAGUACGCGAUUAGUUAAUACCUGUGUUCAAACAUAUCUGUCAUUACGUUUCCGAUUCAAUUGACGAAUUCUUGACGAAAUAAUAUUGAUAAACACAUUCAUGAAUGUAAUUGUGGCCUUGUUAACAUCAGUUGCUUGUAUUGACUGUCGAAUAUAUUUUAUGAUUGUUCAUUAAGCGAUAUGGAAAGAAAAUCGAAGCGCGAUAAUUACACGGAAAGUCGGAAAGUUUAUAGUGAAAUACAUAAAAUGUUUCGAAAAGCGAGUUAAAUACGCGCCGUGAACAAGGAAACUCAAGAAGAAUAAAAAUAUUUUGAUUAUCGCGAUUGCGUUCAUCAUUCGUUUGGUAAACCGCAAUAUUUCGCGAGGAGGAGAACAAAUUGCGGAAGCUAGUUCACGAUGUGUUCUUUCGAAAUCACACGAAGCAACUGCAAACAGGUUUAGUUGUUAUUAAUUCUGUCAAUCUUUUCUCAAUCGAGAUACAACUAAAGAUACAACUACGUUACGUUCGCAUUCGUUCUUGACACGUAUAAAGAAUAUUAACGUCGUACAUUAAACCGUAGUGAUGCUAAAUAUAAUUAAAUUUGAUAAAAAAAUUUCCGUUGUUCACGCAUAUUUGAUAACAGGAAGUGUUUCUCUCAUUUUUUUAAAUAAUCGAAACAAUGACGAUUUUUUGCAGAAAAUUCUGCUUCGGAUGUAAAAAAAUGUGAAAGAUCAUCCAUGCUUAAAUACGCGAUUCGUGAUAAUCAUUUUAUAUAAAACUAUUUUAAAAUAUUAAAAUGACAAUUUUUUCGCAAUCGAUGAACUAGUGAAAAUUAUUAAUUGACACGUUAAUUAAUACUAUAAAAGAUUAAAGGAAAAUAUGAGUAUUGUACCCAUUGCCAACAGGAGUUUCCUUCAUGGAAACGGAAAAUCAUCUUCAAUUUCGGAAAAAAUGAUUUACGCGACUCUCGAUAGCCUGGCUCUAAAAAGAGCGACGUUACCACUGCAAUUAUUACCCGUCGGCGAAGAAAAUGUUACGAUUGAGGGAUUGAACGAGUUAAAAGAAAAAGAAAAAAUCAAUGCCAAAAUUACUGUCAAGCGACCUAGCUUCCAGAGAGACGAUACGAGUAACAGUGAAAUCGAUACCGCUCUGAUAAGAGAAACGGCAAGAGAAAUUGAUAUCGACCUUUUCGAGAGCAACAUUUCUAAAGAAAGUUAUUCGUCAAACAACGUUGAACGUAAUUCCAAUCAUUCCUUGAAUUCUAGAAACGAAAGGAACGAAUCUCUAUCGGACGAUUACGAGAAAAUAGAAUCGGUAUUUUUCACGGAUACAUGUCGGAACGAAAAUGGCGACGCUCUCGAGAACAAAAAAGAUACCACCGUAUACGCAAAAAAUUUAUCCGUUAAGUCGAAAUCUACCAACGACUUAGCGAUCAAGAAUUGUUCGUCGAACGUUGCAAGAUCAUCAAAAUCAUUAAUGGAAUCGUUUUUUGAUGGAAAAUUAGAAAAAAGAUCGCUCAGCAAUGAAUUUUCGAAUUACGAUAGAAAGAAGAAAUAUUUUGCGAAAAACGUGUUGCAUCUCGUACCAGAAUAUAUCGUAAAGAGGCCAAAGAAAAGACAGAAGGGGAAAAGUAAACUGGACAGAGGAUCGUUCGCUUCUUUGAGAAAUUUAUCUACAGACUCGAAGAUUGGGAUGAAUUCUAACUGUAAAUACAGAUCGCGAAGCCUUUCUCGAGAGGAAUUGAAAUAUUUAAAGAUAUCUCCGCCGACAAAUUUUGUUCACGUCGCAUCCGCCACUAAUCCAAAUUUGGUUUCGAACGAAAACACGAUCAGGUAUAGUUUGGAACAAGUCGUAAUUACACACGAACAAAAGUGUGCCACGUUACCUCUCCUCGUUGCAACUACCUGCGAGAAUUCAGUGUCUGAAAAUCGAAUGGAACACGCGUCGAUUGUUGCUAAAACAAAAGAAGAAUCUACUCUACAAAAAUACGAUGCAUUUGACGUUGCAAAUCUUAAACGCCAAUUGUUAGCCGAGUUGCGAGCGCGCGGAAUAAAAACAUUGGAAUCGAGCCAACAGGUGAAAACAAAUGAAUAUCGUGAAAAUGUACGCGAGGAGAAAACAAUGUACGACGACGAGUCGUCUACUGCCUUACCUGCUAAUUCCAGUUUUCUAUGGAGCAACCGCGCUAAAAAUCUCCUUUUCGAGAACAUGCGAUCGACUCUGAACGAAAAUGUCGACAAAAUCGAAAAUGGCGGCCAAGUAUACGACGAUGUAGGACCACUGAAUCUUAUUAAUCAGGAGGAUGAUUAUGACGACGUGGGAAUAUCGCAAAUAGAUGAAAAUCGUAUCGAUGAACUUUCGACUACUUUCCAAGAUUCCGACGAUAUCUAUGACGAUGUUAUGAGUCCGAGCAAUAAAACAUUCGCGAAUAACGAGAGUGAAAGUCGUGAUGAUGAAACGAAAGAAAAAAACGAGCAAUUUAUUAUCAACGAAUAUUCUAGCGUGAACGAAGAUACCGACGGGUCGGGAAACGAUAAAGAUGUGUACGAUGACGUUGGUUUACCGAGCGAGGAGCGAGUCAACAGUCUUUACACCGGUUCUACGAUGGAUUCUAUGUUGAGAGCGAGUUGGCAAAAUGUUUACGGUAAAGAAUCAGAGUGGGAAGAUUUGGAAGAUUCAACAACUAUUGGUUUACCUUAUCUCACGAACAAAUAUUAUUUCUCUACAGAGACACAAGUUCCGAGUAAGAAGAAGUCAGGCCAAAAGUGGUCCCGAAUGAUGAGAAGACAACGAUCCAAGAUAUCGAUGAAAAAUUCAAAAUCAUCAUCGAAGCCCGUUGUUUCAUGUGAAUUCCAUGAUGAUACUUCUGAUGACAGCACGUACGAGAGUCUCCAUUCAUUCCAACCAGAUGAAUUUUGCACAGAUUCGGAAACUGAGACGAUCGAUGAGACGAGAGAACGAUGGAACGAUAAUGUCGAAACGGGGCAAAAUCCUAAUAAUCGAUUGGUGAUCCCGUCGUAUAUGGAAGCACCUACGAGGCCAAAUCCUCCUCCGCCACGCGAAAUUAGCUUGACUCGAACGCUUGGCAGAAGAAUAAAAAUGCUUCGAAGAACGUGGAGCAUUACUAAAGGAAGUUUAGGUCGCAUGCGCAGAAGGACUUCGGUCGACGAUGAUCAUUCCUGCGAGGAAAACAAAGAAUUCGCCAACGAUCAUUCCAGUUUAAAUGGUGGAAAAUAUUUCAAUUUCGCGAGGCAUUUCAAAAAGACCGUUAACGGACCUUUCUCAACUUUUUAUUUGAACGAUUAUACCAGUGCGAAUACCGACAGUGAUUCCGCAAUAACGAGAACUUUGAACAAAGAACCAUUAUAUAGCAAUACAAAGGAAAUAGAUCAUUAUAGUAUACUUGGCGAUCAGGAACCUCUCUAUCAAUUUUACGCAGCAGCUGCAGCUAGAAUAGCAUCCGAUUUCAACUCGGACGGUUACGAAGAGGUCGAAGGUAUAAUCCCAUCCAGAUCUACCACGGAUUUGGCAAAACCGGGACAUAGAACAUUGUGGUGUCAAACGCCUCAAGUUCUUAAUAGUGAUCUUUUAAAACGACUAACCACCAAGGAAAAAAAGAUUCAAGAAGCAAAGUUCGAAAUUCUCACUUCAGAAGCAUCCUAUUUGAAUUCUCUUCGUGUUUUAAAAACCGAGUUUCUUGACGAUUCCUCGAUCGAUGAAAUUUUAACUUCGGUUGAAAAAGACAAAAUAUUCGGCGAUAUUCCUAGCGUAUUGCAAGCAUCAGAGCAAUUUUUAGCUGAACUCGAAACUGUAUGGAGACAGGAUCCUAUGUUGCACGAUCUGCCGAAUGUAUUGCUUAAAUAUGCCGAUAGAUGUUUAGAUAUUUAUGUGACAUAUUGUUCGAAUCAAGUUAGUAUCGAUACAACUCUCAGAGAUUUAAGAACACGAAAAGGCUUAAAAUUUUUGGAAACAAUUUCACAAAUAGAAGCUCGUUCAACUUGUCAAAACUUGUCUUUACAUUCAUUUUUAAUGUUACCGAUGCAACGAAUAACGAGACUUCCUUUAUUGGCCGAUGCAAUUCUUUCUAAAUUACCAGUCGAACAUAAUGACAGACCUCAUUGGGAACAAGUCUUAUCGAGUUUGAGUUAUGUUGUUGCCGAAUGCAAUGAGGGCGCUCGUGCCGCGGCAAAAGAGAUUGAAAUGGAAAAUUUAGCAAAAAGAUUGGAAUAUUCCGCGAAAAUUAAACCGAUUGUAUUAAAAGGAAAACAUUUGAUUAAAAGUGGACCUGUUGUACAAUUAUCGAUGAAAGCUGAUACCGAAUAUAAACUCACAUUUGGAAAGAAAUUCAAUAAAACAUCUCUUUAUUUAUUAUUGCUCACAGACUUUCUUCUAGUCGCAAAAUAUAAAUCCAAUACUCAUGACGAAGCAUAUAGCAUUAUAGAUACUUGUAAAAGAAGUUUAAUCGCUUUAGAACCAAUUUCUGAAGAUUCGCCAUUUGCUGGUCGCAAUGCGAUGCAUUUGACUCUUUUGGAAAAUUAUUCCGGGCAUCAAAUUGAAUACAUUUUAACGUGCGAAAGCGAUACAGAAAGACAAAGAUGGUUAGAAGCAGUUUUCCCUUCGAAACGAGGAUUAACGGGAGAAACACUUUAUGAGGUGUGGGAUUGUCCUCAAGUAGUAGCUUUAUAUUGCUAUUCUUCAAAUCAACCAGACGAAUUAUCAUUACAUCCAGGGGAUGUUAUAAACGUAUUUAAAAAAAUGUCAGAUGGAUGGUAUCAUGGUGAAAAAUUAUUAAAUGGUGAACAGGGCUGGUUUCCUGGAAACUAUACGAAAGAAGUUGCUUCAGAACAUGUUCGCGCAAAAAAUCUUAGACAGAGACAUCGAUUUCUUACGUUAAAUGGAAAUAUAUUACAACAAAGAACAAAACAACAAUCAAUCAUUCAUUAAAUGAAGAAUGAUUCAACUAUCAAUAACUAAUUUAUAUGAUUUUUAAUAAACCAACAUAUCAUGAUAUUCUACAUUAAUA